AUGGGAGCAAUACCAUCGAUUCUCAAGAAAAAUUUAAAAGAAUUAUUUGCAUCAAUCAAAGGUAAAGGUAAAGCAUCAUUAGCUAUUUUGGGACUUGACUCCGCUGGUAAGACUACAUUGGUCAAUCUGUUUAAGAAUGCAGACAGUGGCAGAGAUUUUAAAGCUCAGACACAACCUACACUUGGAUUCAACAUGGAAGAAGUUAAUUUUGCAAAUACGAACAUUAAAAUUUGGGAUAUAGGUGGACAGAAAGUUUUGAUUGAUUUUUGGCAUCAAUAUGUCAAUGAUGUAGAUGGACUAGUUUUUAUGAUUGAUAUUGCUGAUGAAAAGCGUUUUAAAUACUCUUUCGAGGCAUUCACGACACUUGUUCCCCAUCUUAAAGAUAACCUACCUAUUCUUAUAUUUCUAAAUAAGAAGGAUAUAUUUCGAGAUAAUCCAACUGAAAUUAGCCAAAGAAAAGCAUCAAUUGAAGAAACAUACAAGAUCGACAACCAUACUAGUAUAACAGAUUCUUACAUGAAGGCUGAUAGUAAAGUAUUUAAGGUGAAAAUAUCUGAGGUAUCUGUUUUAGAUGACCUCGAUUCAAUGCAAAGAAAUAUGGCGCUAUCAUCUGUUAGCGUGUAUCCUGGAUUUAAAUGGUUAAUUGAAGAAAUUAAGAGUUAUGGAAUGCAUAAGUGA